GACAACAUAUGAAACCACACAAGCUGACUAAGAUGACAAGAGAACGAACGCUUCACCUACGUGUACAACUACCGGUACUCAGUACAGUACAAUUCCUAGGUCAACCUAAAGACAUCAAAGACAUGCCGUUUGUAGACAAAUGAAAUAACACUAGCUUAGAGCAAAGCUUCUCUUGCCAGAUUGGGCAGGUAUAUAUAUAACCUAGCUAACAGCAAAGAUCGUCCUGAGGUUCGAGCCCCCCGUUCUGGCGUCAGCCACCUCUAUUCUUGAAACAUAAAUAUUACAGAAUAAGAGCUGAAACAAGCAGCUGAAUUCAUGGCGCCAUUGGAAACCUUACCACUCUGCCAUCGCACCUAGGAAGUAAACUUCACGUAGUUACCUACAUAGGUCAUGGGGUGGAUAGCCUCGGUCUAUGCCCAGGUUGCAAGGGAUAAUGAAGAUCGCCGUUAGCAAUACCUGGGCAUAGUUAAUCGCAGAGUCUUGGUCGAGCCUUGGCUUAGCCUCGUUGCAUGACGCGAGGUCCAUGGCGGGUCGACUUUAUCACGGUCUCGCAACUUUACAUAUGAACACUAGCUCAAGUGUUACAUCUUGAACCCUUCACUCCCGCCAGCCAGGUUACUUAUUCUGAGAUUUUUUCAUAACAUUCGCCUUGCCGACUCUACUUACUCAUUCAUUAUGGCUCCCCGAUCUUCUCUUCUUGCCCUCUCCGUCCUUGCGGGUGCCGCGCUUGCUAGAGACGUCCCACAGAAUGUCCGAAACUUGUAUAACAGCAUCAAGAGCCAAGGCCAAUGCUCGAACGUCUUGCAAGGCGGGUUCUUCGCCCUCUCAGACGGCAGUGGUGAUUUCACGUAUUGCGGCGACCGCCUCGACAGCAACGGUAUCAUCUACCAACAGGGCACGGGCGGUGCGCUGUCAGACAUGGACAUCGACUGCGACGGCGUGCAGGGGUCGCCCGCGGAUGACGGCCGCUGCGGCAACUCGGGCGACACGCAGUCCAUCACGUCGUUUGCCGACACGGUGCAAGGGUAUAAUCGCGGCAUCGAGGAUCUCGACGCGAAUAUCCAUCCUUACGUUGUGUUCGGCAAUGUCGGGGAUGAGCCUGGCUUUACAAGCUUUGAUCCGCAAGAGUUUGGCAUCGAGCCGCUUAGUAUUAUGGCCGUUGUCUGUGGAGAUCAGUUGAUCUACGGAAUAUGGGGUGAUGAGAAUGGUGUCGACGGUCCUAUGUCCAUGAUCGGCGAAGCCUCCAUCUCGCUCGCGACGGCGUGCUUCGGGACGGGUAUCACGGGUGACAACGGCCAUGAGGAGACGGACGUGCUGUACAUCGCGUUCCAAGGCACAGGCGCGGUGCCGGGCCCUGACGGCGCGAAAUGGGAUGCUGCCAAUUUUGACGAGUUCGAGGCCAGCAUCCAGAGCCUUGGUGAUCAGCUUGUUGCGCAGCUAUGAAGGCGCGAUAGCGACGACGAGGACGAAGGGAGAGCGGCUGUGUUGAGGUUGGGUACGACCAUCUGGUUUCUUACCGUUUGGGGAGUGAUAUGGUGUUUUGGAUGAUGCAUACGUGCAUGAAUUAUGAUCGCACGUUGAAUAAACGGUAUGCCUUCAGCCAUGAGUCCACAAUCC